CAUCAGACACUUUGAAAAGUAGACCACAGGAGGUCCCGAACACUACCGGUGAGCCCUUUGAUCCAUCCAUCCAUGGAUUCUCUCGCCCUCCAUUGCCUUUCAGCUCUGCUUCUUCUUAUCAUCGCUACUUCAGCUGCAGCGUCUGACCCAACAAAUCAGUUCUGUGAUGCUAGAAUUGGAUAUGGGGACUCUGGCUGCGGAGUUUCCGGGGCAUCGUCGUCUAAGAUAUUGAUUAAGGGUGGAACUGUUGUCAAUGCUCAUCACCAAGAGAUUGCUGAUGUUUAUGUUGAGGAUGGGAUUAUUGUUGCUGUGAGGCCCAAUAUCAAGGUUGGGGAUGACAUUACAGUGCUCGAUGCCACUGGAAAAUUUGUCAUGCCAGGAGGAAUCGACCCGCAUACUCAUUUGGAAAUGGAGUUUAUGGGUAUCGAUCAGACAAUUGAUGACUUCUUCAGUGGUCAGGCUGCAGCAUUAGCUGGUGGGACAACUAUGCAUAUUGACUUUGUUAUACCAGUUGGUGGAAGUUUAACAGCUGGCUUUGAAGCCUAUGAGAAGAAAGCCAAAAAGUCUGCCAUGGAUUAUGGUUUCCACGUGGCCAUCACAAAAUGGGAUGACACAGUUUCUAAAGAAAUGGAAAUAAUGGUUAAUGAGAAAGGCAUAAAUUCUUUCAAGUUUUUCAUGGCAUAUAAAGGAAUCCUCAUGGUCAAUGACGAACUUCUCUUAGAAGGAUUUAAGAAGUGUAAGUCUCUAGGGGCGUUGGCUAUGGUUCAUGCAGAAAAUGGCGAUGCGGUAUUUGAAGGUCAGAAAAGAAUGAUCGAGCUUGGAAUUACGGGACCAGAAGGGCAUGCCCUUUCAAGGCCUGCAGUGUUAGAAGGAGAAGCAACUGCUCGAGCAAUUCGUCUGGCAGCUUUUGUGAACACACCUCUGUACGUAGUUCAUGUGAUGAGCAUCGAUGCGAUGGAAGAAAUUGCGAAAGCUCGAAAAUCAGGGCAGAAGGUUAUUGGGGAGCCAGUCGUUUCUGGACUAGUCCUGGAUGAUUCUGGGCUCUGGGAUACUGAUUUUGUUACUGCAGCAAAGUAUGUCAUGAGUCCACCUAUUCGAGCAGCUGGGCAUGAUAAAGCUCUCCAGGCUGCUCUUUCUAGGGGGAUUCUGCAGCUCGUAGGAACUGACCAUUGUGCCUUUAACUCCACACAAAAAUCUCUAGGAAUCGAUGAUUUCCGAAAAAUCCCAAAUGGCGUUAAUGGUAUUGAGGAGAGAAUGCAUCUGGUUUGGGAUACUAUGGUGGAAUCGGGACAAAUCUCUGUCUCUGAUUACGUACGAAUAACAAGCACAGAAUGUGCAAGAAUUUUCAACAUAUAUCCAAGGAAGGGAGCUAUUCUUGCUGGAUCUGAUGCUGAUAUUAUCAUCCUGAACCCAAACUCAAGCUUUGAGAUAAGUGCAAACACCCACCAUUCUAGAACAGAUACAAACAUAUAUGAGGGAAGGAGAGGCAAGGGAAAAGUUGAAGUGACAAUCGCUGGAGGAAGAAUCGUUUGGGUAAACAAUGAACUUACGGUCACGCCUGGCUCAGGAAAGUACGUGAAAAUGCCACCCUUCAGUUAUCUUUUCGAAGGAAUCGACAAAACUGAUGCUAUCUAUCUAUCCUCCCUUAGAGCUCCUGCAAAGCGAUAUAGAUCUACAGAAUAGCAUGGUGGAUGCAUUUCUUUUCCCUUCCAAAAUUUAGCAUAGGAAUAAGCGUAUGAGUUCAGCAUGUACUAUAUCCCUAGUUUGUGUAUAUUGUAUCUGAAACUUACACGGAUGGCUGAUGAUGAAAUAAAUGGCGGGUUUCAAUCA